UAACUGUAAGCAUUUGCAGGCAAAGCAACUAGAAAUCCAUUAGGUGCAGGCUUUUCAAGUGUUACCAUUUGUUUGUGUUGAUAAUCACACCUCUGAUAACGGACUGCAGCAUCAUGACUGAACUAAAUACAGUGGUUAGCCUGGUGAAUACAGUAAAUGCUUCCCUUGCAAACAACACUCAGGGGGAAACAUCUGGAUCUUCUCCUCGGCUUGGAAUAGCCAUCCUUUCCAUAGCUUUCUUUAUCGGCUUCCCAGGCAAUGCCUUCAUCAUCUGGACUGUAUUGACCCGCAUUAAGAAACGAACAGUAACCUGCAUCCUUAUCUUACAUUUGGCUAUAGCAGACAUUAUUGUUAUAAUUACAGCACCAUUCUUCAUUCAUCUUCUCAGCAAUGGCUACUGGAUGUUUGGACCUGUUAUUUGUAAAUCAUGCCAUUACAUUGGAUGCCUAAGCAUGUAUGCCAGUAUUUUUCUCAUCACAUUCAUGAGUCUGGAUCGGUUCCUUGCUGUAGCUAUACCUUUUUCUUCUCAGAAGAUAAGAACUAAGAGGGUGGCCAACCGUUUGAUUUUGGCAAUAUGGUUGCUAGCUGCAGUUUUAGCUAUUCCCAUGCCAUUUUAUCGUGUUAUAAUACUGUUAAAGAACAGGGCGCUCUGUAUUCCCUAUCACAGUAGUUCCAAACAUAUUGUCUUCCAAUACCUGUUUGAGAGUUUGUUUGGAUUUUUUAUUCCAUUUUCAAUCAUUGUAUUUUGUUAUGUAUACAUUGGCCUACGGUUACAGAGUGCACAGUUCCAGAGCAAGCGUAAAACAAGUCGGCUGGUCAUUUUCAUUAUUGUAACAUUUGCUCUGUUCUGGAUUCCUUAUCAGUCAGUUAAUAUCCUACAGGUAUUAGGGGAGACAUUAUCAGACCCUAACACAAAACAAAUGCUCAGAAGAGCAGCUUUAUCUGCGCGUCCAAAUGUUACAGCUCUAGCAUUUCUCAGUAGUAGUGUGAACCCUAUACUUUAUGUAUUUGCUGGUGGUUCUUUUAUCAGAUCUGCUGGGAUAGGUUUUAUGGCCAAGCUAUUUGAGGGAACUGCAUCGGAGGUGUCCAGCUUCCGAACAGUUUCUCAAGUCUUCCGUCAGAGGAGCAGAAAUGAAUCUGUAGAAAUGGGAAAACGUGGGGAAGUUGCAGAGGAAAGCAAGACAUUUUCCACCAAUCCUACAGAGUAUUAAAAUACCAAAAUACCUGCUGUAUGAAUAUAUGAUUAGGUUGGAUCAAUUAAAGUGUUUAGAACUAGAGUAUAUAUAUA